UGGAGCAAACAAAAGAAUUAACAAAGAUGCUUUCACAUGCUUCAUGCUUCAAGCAAGAAAAAAACACACACAUGGCCUAUAAAAUGAAUAAUUGCAUGAGCAGUUCUUUUCAUUAGGAACAAUUAAUCUCAUCUUCAAUGGAGUUUCUUCUUCAACUCUUCUUUUUAGCUUCUCUUCUUAUCUGCAAUACAGCAAUUGCAGAUCAAAUUACUAAGCCUUAUGUUGUCUAUAUGGGAAAUUCAUCACCAAACAAUAUUAAUGUAGAUGAUCAAAUACCAGAAUCAGUUCAUCUAGAAUUAUUAUCAUCAAUCAUUCCAAGUGAAGAAAGUGAGAGGAUAGCACUUAUCCACCAUUACAGUCAUGCCUUUAGUGGAUUCUCUGCAAUGCUUACACACACUGAAGCUUCUGCAUUGUCUGGACACGAUGGUGUGGUGUCAGUGUUCCCAGAUCCGAUUCUCCAAUUGCAUACAACGAGGUCUUGGGAUUUCUUAGAUUCAGAUUUGGGAAUGAAGCCCCCUUCCACUACUCAAUCACAUUCAUCAACUGAUAUCAUCAUUGGUCUUAUUGAUACUGGGAUAUGGCCAGAGUCACCAAGUUUUAGAGAUGAGGGUAUAGGGAAAGUCCCUUCAAGAUGGAAAGGGGUUUGCAUGGAGGGUCAUGAUUUCAAGAAAUCUGAUUGCAACAGGAAAUUGAUAGGUGCAAGAUACUAUAAUACACAAGAUACAUCAGGUAACAACAAGACUCACAUUGAAGGAGCCAAAGGUUCACCAAGAGAUUCUAUUGGACAUGGAACUCACACUUCAUCAACAGCAGCUGGUGUCAUUGUCAAAAAUGCUAGUUAUUAUGGUUUAGCAAAAGGAACUGCAAGAGGUGGUUCACCUUCAACUAGAAUUGCUGCUUAUAAAACAUGCUCAGAAGAAGGUUGUUCAGGUUCAACCAUAUUAAAGGCUAUUGAUGAUGCUAUCAAAGAUGGUGUUGAUAUAAUUUCAAUCUCUAUUGGACUUAGCUCACUAAUGCAAUCAGAUUAUUUGAAUGAUCCUAUAGCUAUAGGAGCAUUUCAUGCAGAACAAAGGGGUGUCAUGGUUGUGUGUUCUGCUGGGAAUGAUGGUCCUGAUCCUUACACAGUUGUGAAUACAGCACCAUGGAUAUUUACUGUUGCAGCUUCUAAUAUUGAUAGGAACUUUCAGUCAACUCUUGUACUUGGAAAUGGGAAAAGUUUCAUAGGUGCUGGCAUUAACUUCUCAAACCUUACUAGCUCAACGAUGUUUCCUCUUGUCUUUGGAGAUGAAAUUGCUGCCAAAUUUACGCCAACAUCAGAAGCUAGGAACUGUUAUCCUGGAUCAUUAGAUUACAACAAAGUAGCAGGAAAAAUUGUUGUUUGUGUUAAUGACGAUCCAAAUAUUUCACGGCGAAUCAAAAAGUUAGUUUUACAAGAUGCGAGAGCAAUGGGGAUGAUACUCGUCGACGAGAACAAUAGAGAUGUUUCCUUCGAUGCUGGAGCAUUUCCCUUCACUGAGAUUGGAAAUCUUGAAGGGCAUCAGAUUCUUCAGUACAUAAACUCUACUAAGAACCCAACUGCAACAAUUCUUCCAACAAUAGAAGUUCCUAGAUAUAGGCCUGCACCAAUUGUUGCAUCUUUCUCAUCCAGAGGUCCUUCAAGCCUUACAGAAAACAUUCUCAAGCCUGAUGUCAUGGCUCCAGGAGUUUCCAUUUUGGCUGCCAUGGUUCCCAAAAGUGAUGAACCAGGAAGUGUUCCAAUUGGGAAAAAGCCCUCCUUAUUUGGCAUAAAAUCUGGUACAUCUAUGGCUUGUCCACAUGUGUCAGGUGCUGCAGAAUUCAUUAAAUCAGUACAUGGAAGAUGGACUCCUUCAAUGAUCAAAUCAGCAUUAAUGACAACAGCUACAACCUACAAUAACUUGAAGAAGCCUGUGACCAAUAGCUCAAACUACAUUUCCAACCCACAUGAAAUGGGAGUUGGUGAAAUUAAUCCACUCAAAGCUCUCAACCCUGGUUUAGUCUUUGAAACAAAUGUAGAAGACUACAUCAAAUUCCUUUGUUACUAUGGCUAUUCAAACAAAAUCAUAAGGUCAAUGUCAAAGACCAAUGUCACUUGUCCAAAGACCUCUCAAGAUCUUAUAUCCAACAUCAAUUACCCAUCAAUCUCUAUAGAAACACUUAAAAGAAAUCAGAAAGUAAAAGUGAUCACAAGAACAGUCACCAAUGUUGGAACUUUUAAUGCCACAUAUGUUGCAAAGGUGCAUGCACCAGAAGGAUUAGUUGUGAAGGUCAUCCCCAACAAACUUGUGUUUUCAGAGAGGGUUCAAAGAUUGACCUAUAAAGUAUCAUUCUAUGCCAAGGAAGCUCAUGGUGGAUACAAUUUUGGGUCUCUAACAUGGCUUGAUGGUAGACAUUAUGUUCAUACAGUAUUUGCAGUCAAAGUUGAAUAAUUUUUUAAACACACAAACACACAUAUAUAUACAUAUUCAAAUAUAUUGAAUAAUUAUACAUACUUGAUUGUGUUUUUCAAUUUCAACAUUUUGUCUAACUUUAUGUUGUGUAUUGGAAUGGACUCUUAUCAUUUACUAGACUCCAUAAUUCAAACAUAUGAAUUUCUCAAUGAGAUACAGUCUUGACUGCCAAUUCUCUGGCUCUAAUUCACAUCAAUGAUGAGGAAUGUUCUUGUGUCAAAGUAAAAGCUUUUCUGUGAAAUAAGAUAAGUUCACGAAGAUAUGUUCA